AUGACGUCCACAAAAACUGUCCUCUUCGAAGAAGCAGAAACUGUGAUGAGUAGGACAAUGCAAGUACCCAUUUUUCGAAUUCCGGAAAUACUAAACGAUGAAGAUAACUUGGACCUUGAAGAUAGAAAUUCGAUUUUAAAUUUAAAAGUCUCAAUUUUUGGAGACGAAGUUUCUGAUCUAAAUAAGAAAAGGGAAUCUAAGAAAGAAACAGAUUUUCAAAGUCCAGAAAAAGAUUCAGAUUCGGACGAUGUGUAUAUGGAUGAAAUCGACGAGGAAAAUAUCUUCAAUGGAAAUAUUAAAGUCACGAUCAAGGACAAACCAGUUGUAGAAUCCAAAGAAAAGAUUUUAGAGACUUUAAGAAUAUGCUUUGACGCUUUUAAAAUAAAUACACAAGAAAGUCGUCGUAUACAGGAAUUAAAGACAAAAGUUCAAGAAAAAAUGGCAAACAGAAGACUAAGAAGAUGUUUUGACGCCUGGAGGAAUCGAGUUACAAAUGUAAAGGCCUUAGAAAAGAAGAAGAAGAAGGAACGAGAAAUGUCAAAUGAAAGAAAAAUCGAGCUUUUCAUCAACGCAAUUGCUGAAAAGCAAAAAGAAUUCUCAAGAAUGAGAAAAUCUGCAGCUAAUUGUUCAACAAUUACAAAAUGUAGGACAAGUCAACGUUGUCAAAGUGCUCCAGAUGAAAUAAUAGAGAAUUCUUUACCAUCGAGAAAUUCCGUGGGAAGAAAUUCUCUUCGUGGAAGGUGCAAAUCAAAUUCGCAGACGAGAUUUCAAGUCCAGAGAAAAAUUAUAGAGGAGCAACGAUUUAAAUUAGCCGAACAAAAUAGAAUUAUUGAAGAGAUGAAAUUAAAAGAAAUCGAGAGGGAUACCAGAAGAGCUAAUAAAGAUACAAUUGAUGCUGCUAAAGGUGCUUUAGCUCACUGUGGUGGAAGAACCAGAAGGUCCCUUGUGCAUCUUAUGAGGGAAAAUGGCUAUAGAGACGAAACUUUGGAGCCAUUGCGAGUACCAAAUACACCAGAUUUUCUGGUGAGAAUGGAAGCAAGGGCAGAAGCUAGAAGGGAAAGAGUCAGAAGAUCUGAAGAAGCACGAUUUAAAAAAAUUGAAGAUGAGAAAAGAAAGGAAGAAGAGCUAAGAAAAAAGGAAGAGUUGGAGAGGAAACGUUUACAGCGAGAAGCUCAACGGGAGGCAAAACGACUUCGAGAUGAACGAGAAGAAAAGCGAAUCCGUGAAUUCGAAAGGAUUAAAUUUCUGAACGAAAAGGCAGAUCAAUUUUAUAAUCGUCUUCUUCUUCGUCGAUAUAUUUUCGAACCUCUCAUUUCUCUCUUGAAUCAAAAACAUAAUUACACUGAAAAAGCAACGAAUCACUACAAUGACGCUCUCCUUAGAAAAACCUUCAUCGCUUUGAAAUCGGAAACUAAAGAACAAAAUAAAAUUAAAGGUGAGUUGGCAAUUUCUGUUUAUAAAAGGAAUUUGCUUUGGUCUUCAUUUUCAAGCUGGAAAAAAUACACUUCAGAAGAAAGACAGAAGUAUGACGUUGCUAGUGAUUUUUAUGACAUGAAAGUUCAAGCAAAGACUUUGAAAAUUUGGUGGUUAAGAACAUUCGAAAUUAAAGCUCUUGAGAAGAAAAAAGAAGAAACGGCCAGAGAUCAUUAUGAAUGGAGAUUAAAGAUGAGAUUUUUUUAUUUUUGGAGGAGGUUUCCGGAAAUCUCGGAGGAAGUCAAGGAGAGUGAGAGACAAAAACGAGAAUGGCGAGAAUUGGUUCAAAGAGUUAUUCCAGAUUUUGAUCCCAGACAAAGGGGUGUGGCAAUUGAUGAUUAAAUUUAAAUUGGAUUACGUUCUGUCCAAUUUCAUCGGUCGAUAUCUAAUUUCUUAUUUUUCUCUGUAAAUCUGGAAGAAAAAGUUUUAGUUUUUUAGAAUAUUUCAUACAAGCUAACCAAAAUAUCAGAAGACCCGAUCAGUUUGUUUCACUGUUGCUUUGUUGGUUGAUUUUACCAAACUAAUCUUAAAUUUAUUCCAUAAAA